GACGCAUUUCAGUCAAAGGUUUAUGCUCGGAUCCGUUAUAAGGUCCUUUUACUGUUCGCCGUUACAGCGGUUUGGGAUACAUUUUGGGAUUUCCAGUCCUAUCCCGGAACAGCCAUGAAGCUUUCUGAGAAAAUCGCAGCCUACAAUUCUCCUCACCCAUUCUACACAUUCGAGUUUUUCCCUCCGAGAACAGAUCAGGGAUUCGAGAAUCUGAUCACUCGGAUUUCACGGUUGUCUUCUUUAAAUCCAAUCGCCAUCAGCAUAACAUGGGGAGCUGGAGGAUCAACUAAGGAGCGUAGUCUUGACUUGGCUGGACUAACUCAAGCAGAGUACGAGAUCGAUACAGUGCUGCAUUUGACAUGCACAAACAUGAAACAUGGUAUGGUAGAUGACGUGCUAAAGGCAGCAAAAGCCCGAGGUAUUCAAAACAUACUCGCUCUGCGUGGAGAUCCUCCUAGAGGUCAAGAACACUGGAUUCCAAUCGAUCCUCGAUUCAAUCAUGGAAUAGACUUGGUUACAUACAUUCGUUCUCAUCAGUACUUUUCUUCCGACUUCUGCAUCGGUGUAGCAGCUUACCCUGAAGGUCACCCCGAUGGAGAAACCGACGAAGAUAAAGAGCUAGAGUUCCUGAAAGCCAAGGUUGACGCAGGAGCUGACUUUAUCGUCACCCAACUUUUCUAUGAUGUGGAUCGUUUCCUACAUUGGGUAAAAAGAGUGAGAGAAAUAGGUAUCACCGUGCCUAUCAUACCUGGGAUCAUGCCCAUACAAACAUAUUCAUCCUUCCUUCGAUUGAUCAAGUUGUGCGGUGUUUCAGUCCCAUCAUCCAUAAUGUCAGAUUUAGAAUCAAUCCAACAUGAUGACCAGAUGGUGAAGGAUUAUGGUGUUCAGCUCGCAAUCGACACCAUUAAAAGGAUAACAACCAAAGGAACAGUACCUGGUAUCCACUUCUGUACCCUGAAUCUUGAAAAGAGCGUUCAGCUUGUACUCGAGAAUCUCCAGUGGGCUGGUGGGAGUCCUGUGACAAAGAACAAGCUUAUUGCCGAAACACCCGGCUCUAUUAUUCACCCUCUACCUGGUUCUGAGCUUAUAAUCACGCCUAGUAGUGCAACGUCUUCGGCUGCUAACGCCCUGACAACAAAGCAAACGGCUGAUACUGAAGUCGGUAGGGGAGAGGUCAAUUAUGCUGCAACAUGGGAUGACUUCCCUAACGGUCGAUUUGGUGACUAUAAGAGUCCAGCAUUCGGUGAUCUAGGCCCCUGGGGAGCCCCUGUACUAUCGCGCACCGAAGUUAUUGAUGAAUGGGGCAGCCCAAAGACGGAACAGGAUCUGACAGAACUGUUCGUCCGAUACCUUCACUCUGAAAUUACGACAACACCAUUCUCUCCUUCUGCCUUGUCUCCAGAGUCUCUCAGAAUCCUUUCGCACUUGGAGCGUCUAACUCAAAGGGGAUGGUGGACAGUAGGAUCACAGCCCGCUGUUGACUGUGGCAACUCGACAGAUCCAGUAUUUGGAUGGGGACCUAGAGGAGGCUAUGUAUUUCAGAAGAGCUUUGUUGAAUUUUUCGCUGAUGAGGAGGCAGUUAAGGAGAUUGUACAAAAGAUCGAGAAGGAAGGACAAGGGGUUGUCCAUUAUUUCGCAGGAAAUAUGCAGGGAGAAUGUCGAAGCAAUGUUCCUGAGGAUGGUCGCAAUGCAGUAACUUGGGGAAUAUUUCCAGGACAGGAAAUUGUCCAGACCACGAUCAUUGAGCGGGAAUCCUUCUUGUCGUGGAAGGACGAGGCGUUUUCUAUAUGGGCGGAAUGGGCUUCAUUCUACCCCCCAGGCUCUCAGGAAAGAGAAUUGUUGGACGUUGUUAUGCAAAAAAGAUGGCUAGUAAGUAUCGUACACCACGAUUACAGAAACCCUGGUGGCCUGUGGACAUUCCUGUUUGGCGGAAAUAUUGCGUUGUAAUCAAAACUGUACUCUAAUGUAUAAAAUUGGUCACGUGACCUGAAUAUGAAACUUGACAUGAUUGCCAUUGC